AUGGGGUAUAUUGACAGUAUUCCUACACCCAAACCAAGAAUGGGGUUUAUCGACAGUAUUCCUACACCCAAACCAAGCAUAGGGUAUAUCGACGGUACACCUACACCCAAACCAAGCAUAUGGUAUAUUUACAGUAUUCCUACACCCAAACCAAGCAUGGUGUAUAUCGAUAGUACUCCUACACCCAAACCAAGCAUAGGGUAUAUUGACAGUAUUCCUACACCCAAACCAAGCAUGGCGUAUAUCGAUAGUACUGCUACACCCAAACCAAGCAUAGGGUAUAUUGACAGUAUUCCUACACCCAAACCAAGCAUGGGGUAUAUCGACUGUACUCCUACACCCAAACCAAGCAUGGGGUAUAUCGACAGUACUCCUACAACCAAACCAAGCGUGUGGUAUAUCAACAGUAUUCCUACACCCAAACCAAGCAUAGGGUAUAUCGACAGUAUUCCAACACCCAAACCAAGCAUGGCGUCUAUCGACAGUAAACCUACACCCAAACCAAGCAUGGUGUCUAUCAACAGUAUUCCUACACCCAAACCAAGAAUGGGGUAUAUUGACAGUAUUCCGACACCCAAACCAAGCAUGGGGUAUAUUGACAGUAUUCUUACACCCAAACCAAGCAUGGGGUAUAUUGACAGUAUUCCUACACCCAAACCAAGCAUUGGGUAUAUUGACAGUAUUCCUACACCCAAACCAAGCAUAGGGUAUAAUGGCAGUAUUCUUACACCCAAACCAAGCAAGGGGUAUAUUGACAGUAUUCCUACACCCAAACCAAGCAUGGGGUAUAUUGACAGUAUUCCUACAACCAAACCAAGCAGGGGGUAUAUUAACAGUAUUCCUACACCCAAACCAAGCAUGGGUUAUAUCAACAGUAUUCCUACACCCAAGCCAAGCAUAGGGUAUAUCAACAGUAUUCCUACACCCAAACCAAGCAUGGGGUAUAUUGACAGUAUUCCUACACCCAAACCAAGCAUAGGGUAUAUCAACAGUAUUCCUACACCCAAACCAAGCAUGGAGUAUAUUAACAUUAUUCCUACACCCAAACCAAGCAUUGGGUAUAUCAACAGUAUUCCUACACCCAAGCCAAGCAUAGGGUAUAUCAACAGUAUUCCUAAACCCAAACCAAGCAUGGGGUAUAUCGACUGUACUCCUACACCCAAACCAAGCAUGGGGUAUAUCGACAGUACUCCUACAACCAAACCAAGCGUGUGGUAUAUCAACAGUAUUCCUACACCCAAACCAUGCAUAGGGUAUAUCGACAGUAUUCCAACACCCAAACCAAGCAUGGCAUCUAUCGACAGUAAACCUACACCCAAACCAAGCAUGGUGUCUAUCAACAGUAUUCCUACACCCAAACCAAGAAUGGGGUAUAUUGACAGUAUUCCUACACCCACACCAAGCAUGGGGUAUAUUGACAGUAUUCUUACACCCAAACCAAGCAUGGGGUAUAUUGACAGUAUUCCUACACCCAAACCAAGCAUGGGGUAUAUUGACAGUAUUCCUACACCCAAACCAAGCAUAGGGUAUAUUGGCAGUAUUCUUACACCCAAACCAAGCAAGGGGUAUAUUGACAGUAUUCCUACACCCAAACCAAGCAUGGGGUAUAUUGACAGUAUUCCUACACCGAAACCAAGCAUGGGGUAUAUUGACAGUAUUCUUACACCCAAACCAAGCAUGGGGUAUAUUGACAGUAUUCCUACACCCAAACCAAGCAUGGGGUAUAUCAACAGUAUUCCUACACCCAAACCAAGCAUGGGGUAUAUUGACAGUAUUCCUACACCCAAACCAAGCACAGGGUAUAUCAACAGUAUUCUACACCCAAACCAAGCAUGGGGUAUAUUGACAGUAUUCCUACACCCAAACCAAGCAUAG